AUGGCCUCCGAUAAAAUAGCCAGCGCUAUCGACGGCCUAAUAAACCAUCUUGUCCCAGACAACCCAAACGACUCUGAAGACCAAGCACAGGAGCAACACGACAGACAGUUUGCGCUUGUCAAGUCGAUAAUAUUAAAGUAUGGAUUUUCUUCUUUUUUCUUCCAGGUAUCAUCUAACCUUUGUAGUCAUGCCAAUGUCACCGUAUCCUCAGACGUGAACCACGCGUCCGAUCUGAUCAAGCGCAAACUCAUACAAACGAACCCCAGCCAAGCCCUCCGGUUCUCGAAUUUAUAUUCACGACUUCUUGCAGUACCGGUUCUCGAGCACAAAUGGGCCAUCUUGCAUCUUCUCUAUCACCUUUCCGAUUCCCCAGAUCCAUCAGAGCCUCUUCCACUCAGCCCCGUGAAGCCAUCUGCCUCCAACUACCGAGAGACCAUCAGCCGCGAAGCUACGAAGCGACGGGAAAGAGAACGAGCCAAAACGCCAGUCACUCCUUCAAAAUAUGAAGACGUUCAAUUCAGAGAAUCGUUUGCGCCGGAUGGCUCUCGAGCGGCUUCAUCUGCGGACACAAGACAGGGAGAUGGCACAAGGAGAGAUGCUUCAUUGCAGGAGACACUUCAGGGGACCGGUUAUUCCGACCUUAGCCCACCAGAAACGGAUCUGUUGCGAGAUCUUCCAUUCACUCUCCAGGGACUUUCAUCGACUACACUGCCAUUCGCCGGGCCAGACACACUAACAUUACCUGCUACCCUCCCUUUGCCCCUGGUGUCAAUCUUACAUGCACUGGCCGAACCGUCGCUUCUCUAUCGGCAACUGGACGCAUUUUGCAAAACCCCUGCCAACGGUCUGAUGGGUCAGAGCUUGCGCUCCGGUAUUGGUGGGGAGCUGCGAGCAUAUUUGGCUCUCAUUGCGACGCUGGAGGCUCAAAUCCGCCGUGCGCUGGCGUCGGUGGUGGAGGGCGCGCCUCGUGGUGGGAUUGGCAAGGCCGGUAUCACACUCAAACGGUGUGUAAUGUGGACGAGAGAGGCCACAAUGGGCCUGCGACUCAUGAGUCUUGUGGCAGAAGAGUCUGAAAGCAAGCGCGGUGGCCAAAUAAUAUCCUUGAUUCAUAAAUUCGCAGCGAAUCAUGGGGACCCCAUUGUAUCGACGUUCGCUGAACGACUGCUGGGUACUUGUACUCGACCUUUCUACGAUAUUCUACGACAUUGGAUAUACGAUGGCGAGCUCUCCGACCCGUAUCAAGAAUUUUUUGUGCGAGAGCAGGCUGUCCAAUAUGACCCGUCAAAGCCCAAAGGAGGGAAGAAUGUGUGGGAAGAUAAGUAUGAAGUCACUGAAGACAUGAUUCCCAGUAUCAUGACACCAGACUUUGCACAAAAGGUGUUCUUGAUUGGAAAGUCGCUCAACUUUAUUCGGCACAGUUGCGGCGAUGCCCUUUGGGUACAAAACUAUUCAAAAGCAGCGUCGAAAGAGCUGCGCUACGGCGACACAGCGACUAUCGAAGCGUGGAUUGACGAAGCCUACAAAACAACCAUGAAGCGACUCAUGGAUCUCAUGGCCAACAAGUUUCAACUUUUCGACCACCUUGAAGCUUUAAAAAACUACAUCUUGCUCGGUCAAGGAGACUUUAUUGCCCUGCUGAUGGAGUCCCUAGCUGGCAAUUUGGACAGGCCAGCCGGUGCGCAGUUCCGCCACACUCUUACGGCACAGCUUGAGCACGCUAUCCGCGGCUCGAAUGCGCAGUUUGAUUCACCGGAAGUGCUUCGCCGGCUCGAUGCUCGCAUGCUCCUACUUUCGCAUGGCGACAUUGGCUGGGAUUGCUUUACACUAGAGUACAAGAUUGAUGCACCGGUGGAUGUGGUUGUGACGGAAUGGGGCAACAGACAAUACUUGAAGGUUUUCAACUUUCUUUGGAGAAUCAAGCGCGUCGAGUUUGCACUGCUUUCUACAUGGAGACGGUGUAUGACCGGAUCCCGAGGUGUCUUGCAAAACCCGGAUCCGGAAAUUGCGCAAACGUGGAAGACGACCCGUGCCGCUCUCGCCGAAAUGAUUCAUUUUGUUGGCCAGCUGCAGUACUAUAUUCUAUUCGAGGUUAUCGAGUCAUCGUGGGGCGAACUGCAGAAGCGCAUACGCAAAGAGGACUGCACCUUGGAUGACCUCAUUAAAGCCCACGGCAAGUACAUGGAUGAUAUCACGCACAAGGGUCUUUUGGGGCCGAAGAAGCGUCAUCCUGCGUCGUCUGGUGCCGAGGAGGAUGAGCGCACUUCGUACCUAUCACAACUAUCAAGCAUGCUGCGCUUGAUGCUCGAGUACCGCGACUCGGUCGACGGUCUGUACAGCUGGAGCGUGUCGGACUUUACGCGGCGUCAGGAGGCCGGCGUGCGCAGUCGCGGGCGUGGUGGUCGGGCAGCAGAGGAUGUGGUCAUGUCCAUGCAUGACGAGGCCGUGGCGUCUGAGUUUCCCGUACUGCAGGACCGCCUGCGGCAUCUGGGCCGGUCGUUUGGCCUGCGCAUGAGCACGCUGCUCGGCGACCUGGCGUAUCAGCCGGACGUGGAGAUGCGGUUCUUGGGUGUGGCUAUGAAUUUCAACGACGUGUAUCCUGUGCGGCGGAGAUCGAGGCCGGCAGCGGCGCAGAGUUCUGCGGCGGCCAAUACGUCAAGAGGAUAG